AUGUCUCCGGAUGUCUGGACGCGGUCUGCGGAAUCAAGCACCUAUCUGGGUUUAGGUAGUACCGCUAGUAAAUUUACUAGUGGUUAUCCAAGGCGGAACGGAAAGUGGGCCAAGGAAAGAAGUCGGGACGGAUCUCCAAAGCAUAUCCUUGAGCGAGGACGCGAUCACACGCAACGACGACUGGGCGCGUCGCCAGCGACCCAUCCUCCCUCGACGACAAUCCAUAUCCACAUCUCUGGGGAGACAAAAAGACCCACGAGGAUGGUUGUCGGGAUGACGGGUGCGACGGAAGCUGCGUAUGCCAUUCGCAUGCUAGCAAUUCUACGCCAACUCCGUGUCGAGACUCGUCUCGCUCCCAGCAAUUGGGCGAUGGCUACUUUGCAGUACGAAACCUUCAUAUCUGAGGCUGAGCGCCUGGUGUUACCCUGA